GUAGUUAAUGAUUGAGCCGCUGCAGUUGUGAGUAUAAAAGGGGGAGAGAGCCAGUUCUGCUUCACCUUCAUCGUCAGCCACCAUGUCUUUUUCAGGAAAGUACCAGCUGGAGUCUCAGGAGAACUUUGAGCCUUUCAUGAAGGCCAUUGGUCUCCCUGAUGAACUCAUCCAGAAGGGCAAGGACAUCAAAAGCGUUUCUGAAAUUGAGGAGAAUGGUGAUGACUUCAAAGUGACGGUCACCACAGGCUCGAAGGUCCUGGUCAACAGCUUUACUCUCGGAAAGGAGGCAGAGCUGGAGACACUUACUGGAGAGAAGGUCAAGUCGGUGGUUCGGCGUGAAGGCAACAAGCUGAAGGUUUCCUUGAAGGGGAUCGACUCAGUCACAGAACUAGUGGAUGCAAACACAAUUGUCAAUACCAUGACUGUUGGUGGCAUUGUUUACAAGAGGACAAGCAAACGCAUGUAAAUGUAUGCCCUUGAU